AUGGCUCAAUUCACACAGCCCAUAAGUCGGGAUGAGUUUCACGUGGGCAUAGUAUGCGCCUUGCCCAGCGAGGCCGAUGCAGUUAUGCUGCUCUUUGACCAGUUCUGGGACGAAGAUGGCGAUCCUUUUGGCCGAUCGAGCGGCGACAACAACUCUUACACAACUGGCCGGCUCGGCAAAUACAAUGUCGUUCUCCUUACGCUGCCGGACAUGGGCACAAACAGCGCAGCAUCCGCAACAGCAAAUCUCCGGUCCAGCUACGGCAGCCUCAGGCUCGUUUUCCUUGUCGGCAUCUGCGGCGGCGUGCCCAAAAUCGCAGGCGACGAUGUCUUUCUGGGCGACGUAGUUGUAAGCAAGGCGAUUGUCCAGUACGAUUUUGGUCGACAGUUUCCCGGGCAUUAUGAAGUAAAGGACACUCUUGAGGACAGUCUCGGAAGAGCAAACAAAGAGAUCCGAGGAAUGCUGGCCGCGCUCCAAACAGAACGCAUGAGAGAGAUGGUGCAAAACAAGUCGGCAGUCUAUUUGAAGCAGCUGCAAAGCGCCGAUGCAAAGGCUGCUGCGAAGAAGCGACGUCGGUCAAAAUAUCGGUAUCCGGGAAUCACCGAAGACAAGCUGUAUUUGCCGCGCUACGUUCAUCGGCAUUUGAAACAAUGCGGGAUUUGCAGCGAAUUCGACAGCACUUGCGAUUUAGCUGCCAAGACAUCUUGCACCGAUCUUGGGUGCGACGACAACAUGCUUGUCCAACGAGACAUAUUUGAAGAUGACGGCGACUUCAGCCCCAACAUCUUCAUUGGCCGGAUAGGCUCCAGCAACACUGUGAUGAAGAGCGGGAAAAUCCGCGACUAUAAUGCCACAAAGUUUGAUCUCAUUGCUUUUGAGAUGGAGGGCGCUGGAGCAUGGGAUGAGGUCCCGUGUCUCGUGGUCAAGGGCGUUUGCGACUAUGCCGACAGCCAUAAGAAUAACCUAUGGCAGAACUUUGCGGCUGCUACUGCUGCGAGUGUGAUGAAGGCCAUUUUGGACCGCUAUAUUGUGACGGAUGCGGUCCAACGUCCAGCUGCAGCUCAAGUCAACGGCGGUAAUGGCCAAGGUGGAGGGAAUAGCACUCGGAGCAUUUCUGGAAACACAUUCGGCGACAAUGUGCGCAUCGUCCAAGGCGACAUGACUUGGAAUGGCAACUGAUGCCAUCAUCUCUUACCUCUUCGAUGCGAUGGAUACCUCCUAGAAUUGCAUUUCGUAACCAAAAUCGCAUAUCGGCUGUACAAUAGGUACUAGUAUCUCAAGUGCUUGGUACAUACAUCUUGAUACUAGUAGUGAAGCCUACCUACUACCUACCUGCCUAGGUGAAAUGACUUUGUAGAUGAAGUGCGUCUAGCUGUCAUACAGAUCUCAUAGCUAAAAUGCAGAGAAAGAUGCCAAUAAAAUCUGUUUCUUCC